UAAUAUAUGUGCAUUACUAUCUAUAUCAUCUAGACACCCCAUUAGAGAUUUGAUAGUGAUACUUCUCACAUUUGUUCUUGCAUAUUACUGGUUCCACCCUGGUAUCUUGGUUGAUUAAAGUGAAAUGGGGAAGAAAAUGUUGCCCCUUUUAAUGGUUUUCAUUCUGGGUGUAUUGAGAUUUUCUGAUGUCAAAGCAGAGGAUCCUUAUAAGUAUUAUACUUGGACUGUUACAUAUGGAACUGCUUCUCCUCUUGGUGUCCCUCAACAGGUGAUCUUAAUCAAUGGUCAGUUUCCUGGUCCUAGGCUUGAUGUUGUGACAAAUGACAACAUUAUUUUAAACCUUUUUAAUAAACUUGACCAGCCUUUCCUCUUGACAUGGAAUGGGAUUAAACAAAGAAAGAAUUCCUGGCAAGAUGGAGUUUUGGGCACAAACUGCCCAAUUCCUCCAAACUCCAACUUCACAUACAAGUUUCAACCAAAAGAUCAAAUUGGAGGCUACACAUACUUCCCAUCAACAGGAAUGCACAAAGCUGUAGGUGGUUUUGGAGCUAUCAAUGUAUAUGCCAGACCUCGUAUCCCUGUACCCUAUGCAAUUCCUGCUGGUGAUUUCAAUUUACUUAUCGGUGACUGGUACAAGGCCAAUCAUAAGGGGUUGCAACAAUAUCUUGAUUCAGGGAGAUCACUAACUUUCCCAGAUGGUAUACUUGUAAAUGGACAGACCGGUAGCACCUUCAGUGGAGAUCAAGGCAAAACUUACAUGUUCAGAAUAUCAAAUGUGGGUUUAUCGACAUCCUUCAACUUUAGGAUCCAGGGACACAAAAUGAAACUAGUUGAGGUUGAAGGGUCAAAUGUGGUUCAAAACAUAUACGAUUCAUUAGAUGUGCAUGUUGGUCAAUCGAUUUCUGUACUUGUUACAUUCGACCAAGCUCCAAAAGACUACUACAUUGUUGCAUCAACAAGAUUUACUAGAAAAGUUCUUACAACUGUUUCAGUAUUACACUACACCAAUUCCAAGACACCAGUCUCAGGCCCGAUCCCUGCUGGCCCAACUUACCAAGUCCACUGGUCUAUGCAACAAGCUAGAACCUACAGAUGGAAUUUGACAUCGAAUGCAGCUCGACCAAAUCCACAAGGCUCAUUCCAUUAUGGAACAAUCAAACCCACGAGGACCAUUGUGUUGAGCAACCAAGCAAGCUUAAUUAACGGAAAAAAAAGAUACACUGUGAAUGGAGUAUCUUACAUUAAUGCAGAUACCCCGUUGAAGCUCGCAGAUCACUUUAACAUCCCCGGUGUUUAUUCAACAAAUAUCAUUCAAGCCUCCCCGAAUGGCGGUGGCCCACUUUUGGCUACAGGUGUUAUACAAGCCUCACUUCAUGACUUCCUUGAAAUCGUGUUCCAAAACAACGAGAACACUGUGCAGUCAUGGCACCUUGACGGAUAUGAUUUCUGGCCUGUCGGAUAUGGAUCCGGGCAGUGGUCUCUAGCAAGCAGAAAGAGCUACAACUUGGUUGAUGCUCUUACAAGACACACAGUGCAAGUUUAUCCAAACUCGUGGAGUGUGAUUUAUGUAUCUUUGGACAACCAAGGUAUGUGGAACCUAAGGUCUACGAUGUGGGAACGACAGUAUCUUGGUCAACAGUUUUACCUCAAAGUUUAUAAUCCUGUUCAAAGUCUUGCGAAUGAAUACGACAUACCUUCAAAUGCUCUUCUUUGUGGUAGAGCUGUGGGACGACAUUCUUAAGCCAUACGUAUGUAGUCUUCACUGGAGGUCAUGAAGGUUUGACCCGACGGAAACACAUAGCCUUAGUCAUGAUAUAUCUAUGUAUUUGUAUACCACAGUAUGUUUCAUGUUCCAUAACAUAGAACUUGUUUCUUGGUGCCCAAUAUUUAUUUAUCACUAUUAUUUAA